UUUUCAGCCCGACAUGGCCUGCAGGAAAUCUUCUCCCAGCAAACAAUCCACACAUGAACCACCCAAGAAGAGGGGAAAAAGCCAUCAUUGUGACGGCGUGCCCAAACCCACCAAGGAAGCUCUUUUAGACGCACUGAAAGGUGUGGAAAACGAGAUUAAGAAACUUGGAAAUGAGUUACUGGAAAAGAAAUUAGAAAAAUUGCGCGGACAAGUUCGAGGUCUUUUGGAAAAUCAGGAGAAAGAAAUUAACAAUCUUCGGGGCGAAAUACAUACUUUAAAGAAGGAAGUGGACAGGCAGAAAGCCAAAAAUGAAAAGUUAGAAAAGGUGCUCGUGGUAGCGCAAGUAACCUGGUUGUGGGAAAAACAUUUGGCGAGGUUUGUAGUUGACUCAUCCAGAACAAUCUACCAAUCUGGUUGGAUGGAUCAAAUGGAAGACUAUUUGAAGGAAAUGAAUACGAAUCAAAAUCGCUUUACUAAAAUACAAAAAAAAUUAAAAACAACAUGGACAGAAGAGCAUUGGCAAGUGGUCUUCACUGUAAGAAACGAAAGAAAUGGUAUAGCACAUCCGGAUUUGAUCGACCUUGACCUCGUUGAGUCUCAAUUAAAGAAAAUGUACCCAAAACACCAAAAAGUGUUGGGGGAGAUGUUGGACGAACUUAAGAUGACAGCAAGUCUAAUGAAGUUUGGACGUCUGGCAGAUUUCUACGAAAAGAACAAGAAGCUGUUUCCGACUCAAAGAAAGCGUGGUAAAAGAGUGGACGCAGAUGCACUGAAGAACAUAAUUUCGUGGAAUUGUAAGUUUGAACAAAUCGAUGGUCUACAAAGUAUCGAGCACGAGGAAGCGAAAAAGUACUUAACCAUGUACGUAGAUAAUCCCAGAAAGAUCGACCACUAUUUAUUCAUCGUUGAUUUUAUCAAGGAUGGAAACAGUAAGCGUUUGGGAAAACUGGCCUGGGAGUUCGAAGGUUUACCCACAGAGUAUGGUGAAGCGCUACGAGAAUUAAAGAAAUUGCUCCCAAAUCCAGACGACGAAAGCGAGGAUACAAAUCUGGAUAAAACAAUAGCAAAGUUGCAUAUACCUGACUUCCUACCGAAGCAUUUGUGGAAGGAUGGCAUCGAAAUCGUGGAGAAAUAUUUUGAAUGACCCUCUAACAUAAUAACUUGAUUUGAAACUAUUUUUAUUAUUUAUCUAAAAAUAAGCACAACUUCUUAAUUAUAAAAAGCAAACAUCAUUAAUAAUUCAUAAGCUUAUUGGUAAAUCAUGUCAACCAUAAUAUGGCACGUGCAGUGGCUUUAAACCUGAUAAAAUAC